AUGAUUAUGCGACACCAUCUCUGUGAGGACCUAAGAGACGAGUUUGGAUAUGUUAAUGAUCCUCAUAAUCUUUGGUCAUUUUUGAAUUCUAGAUUCUGUGAGCCAUUGUUGCACGAAUCCAAGAAAAAAUGGGAAGCUCUAAGGUUCCACGAUUAUGAAUCCGUGGACAAUUAUCACUCUGAUCUUAUGAGAAUCACCUAUAGUCUUAGACUAUGUGGUGAAUUGGUAACAAACGAGGAUUUGUUAAACAAAACUCGUGACACAUUCCAUUCAGAGGAAGUUAUGUUAUCACAUCAGGCCAAAGGUUUCACCACCUAUUAUGACAUGUUCUCAUAUUUAUUAGACAUUGAGCAAAAGAAGCAGAAAAGGAUGGAUAACAUCAGACGGUUUAAUGACAUCAUGGAGAUAUAUUAUGAAGUACUAGACAGUGAGAUGAAAAUCCCUGAAGCUAAUAAAACCACAUUUGAUAAGAAGAGAUCUGAGGAGGAUUCCGAGUGGACACUCAUGGACCAUGAGGUCGGAUUAUACAUUGAAUAA